GUGGAAACCACGGAGACCAAGAUGGAGGCGGGACUACUGGAGAGCAGGCUGAGUAUGGAGGACUAUGAGAAAUUGCAGAGCCUCUUUCUGGGUGACAGUGAAGCAGGCGUGUCCUUCUCCAGGGCAGAGUUUAUAGAACAAGCUUGGUCUGCAGUGAGACGUGGCUCCAGGGAGGAGUACGGCCUCCUAUUCGACAGUGUUGUCGUCACUCAGGAGCAGCGUAGCCUGCUAUUGGACAGUGCUGACGAGCGAGGGGAGAGGAGAGUAGACUGGGAGAGGUUGACUUCCUUCCUGCUGUUAGGGCUGUCAGAAAAAGAGGAAAAUGAACGGGCUGCCACCGUGCCUCGCUGGCAGCCUCCACGAACUCUGACCCCUCCACACCGUGACCCUGUCCAACAGGUGGUGUACCUGCGUAGCUCAAGCCGGUACCUGUCGGUGAGUAAGGGGGCCACGCUGGGGGUGUGGGCGGGGGAAGACUUUGCCCUACUUCAAACACAUCGCCUCCACAACGACUCUGUCAGGCCCAAAGAUCUCUGGGUAACAGCUAUGGUGGUGCUGCACAACGUACACAAGAUAGCUGUGUCGUUCACCAGUAAGGAGCUGUGUUUCUAUGACUUGCUGUCCAAGCAGCAGUUUAGCUGCCAGUAUAAAGUCCAGGGUCUGAAAUAUGCCCCUCUCAGUCUGGACUACUGGUGUCACCCCACUUACCCUGCCCAGGCUGUACUCACCAUGGGAGACACGGGGGGACAGGUCAGUGCCAUAUGCUUCAGGUCAGCUCAGAUCUCCCUGUUUGAGAGGCCCAGUCCAGGGGUGGAGACAGACUCUGCUGACAUCAUCAAGUGGAAGGAGCUAGUUGAAGGUCGCCAUCGCUGCUGCUACACACUGAGACACCGAGCUCACGGACACGCCUGGGUACGCAGAGUGCGUUUCCUGGGCUCUCUGGAGGCGUUGUUGUCGUGCAGCACCAGCCCCCAGAGUAGCAUGGUGAUUGGCUGGAGGGAGAAAGAGGGCGAGCCCCUCAGAGUCACCGCCUUCCACACGGAGAAAGGAACCAAUGACCUGGACCAUCACUCUGGGAUGAAUUUGAUAGCCACCGCAGGUGUAGACAACAAGGUACUGCUGUGGAACCCCUAUGUGAUCUCUAAACCAGUGGGUGUACUCAGAGGUCACAUGAGCAGUGUUACCGCCGUACGCUUCAUAGUGGGCAAGAAACAGCUGAUCAGCUUCUCCAAGGACAAGGUGCUGAGGUUGUGGGAUGUGGCCAGUCAGCUGUGUAUUCAGCGUGUCGCCGGCGUCUUCCCCAAGACACAGGAGGAGUGUCACACUCUUCUGUUCCUCAGUGAGGAGCGCUCACGUCUCCUCCUCUCCUUCAACAGUCUGCUCCUCCUCAUGGAAGUCAAGAGAGAGGAGGGGAGGAGAGUCACCAGCCAUGAGAACCCUGUCACCUGUGUCCUCUAUAACAGCCUGUUCAGACAGGUGAUCAGCAGUGACUCUGGCUCCACAGUGAUCUGUUGGCUGGUGGACACAGGUCAGAAGGUCAAGCAGUUCCACCGUUGUCAUGGUGAUGCUGAGAUCUCCACCAUGGCGCUGGACGGGACACAGACACGCUUGUUCACCGCCGGCACAGACGGAGUAGUCAAGAUCUGGGACUUUAACGGUCACUGCCACCACAGGCUGAAUGCGGGCCGGGACCAGGCCGUGGACAUCUCCCAGGUUCUAGUGCUGAAGAGAACUGUGCUGGUCAUGGGCUGGGAGAGGAUGUUAACAGUGUUCAGACUGCCCUCCUUCUCUCAGUUCUUUGUUCAGCCCUCUGAGUGGAAGGGAGGAGUUCAGCAUAACGAUGACGUCCUGUGUGCCACAUUUCUGCCCCCUCAAACCCUCGUCACAGGAAGUUAUGACGGGGAGCUGACGGUGUGGAACAACAGCACAGAGAACGCCCUGAGAAAGCUCCGUCCAGAUCCUGAGAGAGAACGCAGCAGGCCUCAGACGGUGUGUAAUUUGAACGGCGAGGAGGACUCAGAGAGCAGCGAUGGCAUCUCCAGACUCUUCUUCCUGCCAGGACGUAAGGGCGUUGCCACCGUUGGUGGAGCGGACCUGGUCUCAUGUGGCGGUUCUGGUCUGGUUCGGUUCUGGAACACGGUCCGUAGUGGUCUGGUUGCUGUGUUCACAGCUCAUAAAGACAUAGGGUCCAUCAUCAUGACCAUGUCCGCCUGUGGUCGAUACCUGAUCACUGCUGACGUGGAGGGAACCCUGAAGACCUGGGGCAUACAGGAAUACUGUGUCCUGCCCAGCGACGGAGUGACCAAUGAGGCUCCAGAAUUGCUGGGUAGUCUCCGCCCACACGUGGACUGUGUAACUCACCUGGAGACGUGUCUCCAUGGCGACAGGCUCCUCCUCCUCUCAGCAUCUACAGACUGUAGCGUAGCUCUCAGCUACCUACCUGGGGACACAGUGGGCGUGUUCGGACAGGAGGAGCACUGGCGUUUGGAUGGGCCUCGAUCUGUCCAAGUGGGAGAAGGAGAGCCUAGAGAGGGGACAGUGUCACCGCAGAGCCCCAGUGGUACAGACCCUGAGUUUGACAGCCAACCCCCCAAGAUGCGGGAGGAGAGAAGGGCAGUAGUGGAGACAGAGGAGGCUGGAGACAACACAGGCCUGGAGACAGAGGAGGCUGGAGACAACACAGGCCUGGACACAGAGGAGGCUGGAGACAACACAGGCCUGGAGAGAGAGGAGCUGGGGACAUUUAUUCCCGGUGACUGUCCUCCUCCGAGUAGUAUUUUGGGGCGGAGCUACAAGGAGAGGCGGGGCCUGAGGGUGAGUGACAGCCGACCUGGCCAUAGGGAGACACCACUGAAUACUGAUGUUGGCACGUUCAGUGGGCUGCGUAUCGGAGAAGUACAGUCUGUAGGAGAGCUGUCCAGACCAGAGUUUAUCAUACACCCUCACCGCUACUUCAACCAUAGAGCCAAUACCAGCCCAAUAAUGACACCCCUACCUGCCAACACUGAGGUGGUGAAGGCUGCCUUUGACGAGCAGAGUCUGUUCCCUAAAGAGCUUCUGGAUGAAGAGGACAGGCCUAGCCAUGGAGCCAGGAAACAGGGGAACAGGGAGAACCGGAUCAACGACAGGGGGCGUGGAAGGAAGGACAGACAAAGAAAGGGUGGUUCCUCUCGAACCUUCAAGUGAAGACGUCAUUUAUAUUGUUAUCUACUUUAUUACGUUUUAAUAUGACUUUUUAAAUGUGUGUAAAAUUAAAUCUGAUCAAUCAAGACAAGAGUGUGUUUAUGUCUCUCUUCUUCCUCUCAUGAAAAAGUACUACUAAAUUACUACUACACAAUAUCUACACAAAACCUACUGGUUUUAAUCCUUGAUUGCUAUUGAGAUGUGUAGUAAACCAGUAUUGAUUGAUGUAGUAAUUAGUGAUAAAUUGGGACGUUUCACGACUUGUUAGCACUUCAUAUUUCCUACUCAAUUCUGGCAUGUAUUGAUGGAACUAACCACUAGGCUGAUGGAACAUGGCAUGUAUUGAUGGAACUAACCACUAGGCUGAUGGAACAUGGCAUGUAUUGAUGGAACUAACCACUAGGCUGAUGGAACAUGGCAUGUAUUGAUGGAACUAACCACUAGGCUGAUGGAACAUGGCAUGUAUUGAUGGAGCUAACCACUAGGCUGAUGGAACAUGGCAUGUAUUGAUGGAACUAACCACUAGGCUGAUGGAACAUGGCAUGUAUUGAUGGAACUAACCACUAGGCUGAUGGAACAUGGCAUUUAUUGAUGGAGCUAACCACUAGGCUGAUGGAACAUGGCAUGUAUUGAUGGAGCUAACCACUAGGCUGAUGGAACAUGGCAUGUAUUGAUGGAGCUAACCACUAGGCUGAUGGAACAUGCCAGAAUUGAGGAGGAAAUAUGAAGUGCUCACAAGUCGAAUUACAACAAAAUGCCUAUACAUUUCUGCUGUAUGCCGACUGCCAUUUACCCGUGUAGUGUUGUCAGUACUGAUCACUACUGAUCCUUUUUCAUUUCCUACAUUAAACGUUUUGAAUUACUAUUGAAAA